ACCCACCUUGACUUGUGAAUAUAUACCCGAGUCUCUGAGAUUGGUACCUUCUUUUUCCCUCUUUCGCAGAUAGUAUACGUCACACUGCAUCCCGAGCGCACAAUUUAAUUCAGCCCACACAUACGCACCCUUGGUGGUGAGCGGACUGCUAUCAUGAGCGAUCAACCGCCGCCACCACCGCCGCACGGCACAAACACUCGGAGAACAAGCCCGAACCUACCACCUGGGAAAUAUGAUAUCUUCAUAAUACCUCCUCAUUCAUCCGGCGCGGGAUUUCUUUAUCUGCCAUCGCUCCGGCCAAAUGUAAACAGCUUCGCAGCGGGGUUCGCAUCGGCCUUGGUGCUGGUCGUGAUCGGUCAGAGCAUGGCUCCUGCUUUCCGGGUUUGGUACAAUAGUUUCCAGGGCAUGGGAAAUGCGGGGAUGCUUGUGUUAGUCAUUGCUGUUGGAAUAGGGGCGUGGGCAUUGGGUAGGACCCAGAAUGAUAAAAAUCCGUCUCCGGGGAAUAAGGGUGACUCUAGACAUUCGUGGAGUUAUAAUCCAGGGGAUAAUGGCCACUCAGGUGGUUUCCAUCCGGGUUCGGGCCCGCCACCACAUUCAGGAGCCCCUGAUCCCGACGGUCCACCACCGCCACCACCGCCGCAUGGCUCACCACCGCCACCGAGAUCUGGCCCACCGCCAAACCAUGAAAAGCCAAAAUCAUCUUGGCAAGAGCGCCCUCGUGAGUAUUCUCAGGAAUAUUAUGAUGAGCGGCCCAAGGAGCGACCGCAAGGAAGGCCUCGGGAACGGUCUCAAGAACGGCCUCAAGAGCAGGCUGACGAACCCCACCAGGAGAAACCUAAAGCGAAACCUAGAGAGAAAACAAGGGAUAAGCCUCGGAAACCGACGCGAGAGUCGUCUGAAGAACGACGCCGGGAAAGCCCUCGUGAAAGACCUCGGGAAAAACCUCGAGAACGGUCUCGGGAACGUUCUGAGGAACGGCCCCAGUCACGACCUCAGGAACGACCUAAAGAAAAAGAAAAGCGCAAGGAAAGGCCUCCGGAAAAGCCCUUAGAAAAGCCACUAGAAAAGCCGCUUGAAAAGCCUCAGGAGCGACCCCAGGAGAAGCCUCAAGUAAAGCCUGAAGAAAAACCUCCAGAACCUCCCCCGGAGCAGCCUCAACCCCAGCCCCAACCCGAGCCUACGAAAGGUUCUUGGGAAAGGGCGAGGGAAGAGACUCGACGCAAAGAAGAGGAACGAAAAGCAAGGGAAGCCGAACAACGCAAAAAGGAAGAGAUAGCUAAGCGCGUCAAAGAACUUCGCGAGAAAGAAGCAAGGGAAAGAGCCAAGCGCGAAAAGGAAGCUAAGGAGAGGCGAGAAAGGGAAACACGUGAAAGAGAAGAACGAGAGCGAGAACUGAGGGAGAGAUUAGAGAAAGAAGCACGUGAAGCUAGAGAGCGAUUGGAGAAAGAGAUGCAGGAGGCCAGAGAGCGGCAAGAGAGAGAGCUACGAGAAGCUAGGGAAAAACAAGAAAGGGAGACCCGUGAGAAGGAGGAAAAGGCUAGAGAGCAGCGUGAACGAGAACAACGGGAAAAGGCUCAGAAAGAAAAGGAGUUGAGAGAAAAGAGGCUUCAAGAAGCAAGGGAGAGAGAACUUAGGGAAAGACUCGAACGCGAAAAGGCUCUUAGAGAAAAGUUAGAGCGAGAAUUCAAGGACCGGGAGGCUAAAGAGCGAGAGGCCAAGGAGCUAGAAGCCGCCCGCCAAAGGGAAGCCGAGGCAGCUAAAGCGGUCAAGGCGGCUGAAGAAGCAAAGGCGAAAGCGGCGGAAACAGAGACUCCUCGGAAGAGUACAUACGCAUUCUCCUCUGUGGGUGAGAGGACGAAUCCCUGGCCGAACGGAAAACCGCCCACAUCAGCUCCUUCAACAGCCAAGUCCACUGCAACCCCAAGCGUCGCUCCUACUGCAACUCCAAGUGCGGCUUCCAACAACUCCCGACGACCUCCUCCGCCUACCGCACAGUCAUUGCGUGGUGAUGACGAGACGGCAUCAUAUCGCACAUACAAUCAGACCAGAUCGCAUACAAGAAGGAAAUCCGGCGAGACAAUUUUCACAGAGUCAUCAUACGCCGCCUCCCAGUCAACUUCAAGGACAACACCACCACCAUCGGUGCGAGGCCCCUACACGACGAAAGACCCCGACAAGAUCGUUAUCAAAGCUGUUUACGGGUUUCUCAACCAGUUCUCCAAAACACCCGCUUCUCAACUCAUCUCUGGCGUCGGCCAUGUCACGGACGGCCUCAUAUUGCGUAUCACGACAGAAGGUCUGUUCAUCGAUGAUGAUGUCCGAGGUGUACCCCAGCGAGAAUGGGACGUGAAAGCCUGGACCCUCAGACUCAUGGAAGUCUGGUGUCCCGCGCACACUGCUGGCGAUUCCAAUGGCUCUGCCGGCGUAAACAAGGCGGCGCCUCCUCGCUUCAAGCUUGCGUCCCGCAAUCAAUCGAAAAUGCUCAUGGGAGGCGAUGCCGAUGCGUUUUUAACUGAAUUACUCCACGCAUGCAAGGACGACUGCCGUAUGAGUCCCCAUGAUAAUGCCUCAUCUCGUGGUGGUAAUUCGCAAGGUGAAUGGAAACAUCGCGGAUUACAUGUCUUGCGCGCCACACUCAGAGACCAGGAAGGCAAGCGGUAUUUAUUCGUCCUCGGCGAAGAGGAAGGGUGGAAAGUAGCUGUUGGCUUGCAGCGAUUACGGAAAGGAACGCAAGUGAGACAGCUUGGUAUUCAGCCCAUGCCGCUUGCUGAUGCGCGCGCUGCUGUUGAGACGCUGGGUUGGUAGCGGCGACUCGAAAUUCCCCCGGAAAUCGACAAGGCCCAUGGCUACGCUGAGAUAUCUGGUCUUUAUACCCGACGAUGUGGAAUGCUCAGCUGGA